UCUCUCUUCCUCUGGCUCUGAGCGGCCCUGCUUAACUCUUGCACUUUCCCUUCAGCGACUUUGCUCACCAUGAACAGACAAGUCCGCAAGACAUCUGGCGGCGGGAGCCAGGGCUUCUCAGGCCGCUCUGCCGUGGUCUCUGGCAGUAGCAGGAUGAGCUGUGUGGCCCGCUCUGGGGGAGCCGGCGGAGGGGCCUAUGGGUUCCGGAGUGGAGCAGGCGGCUUUGGCAGUCGCAGCCUCUACAACCUGGGUGGCAAUAAGAGCAUCUCCAUUAGCGUGGCUGGCGGCUCUCGGGCUGGUGGCUUUGGAGGAGGGCGCAGCAGCUGUGUCAGUGGCUUUGGAAGUGGCUAUGGAGGUGGUUAUGGAGGUGGCUUUGGUGGUGGCAGAGGAAUGGGAGGUGGUUUUGGAGCUGGUGGCUUUGGUGGGGCUGGUGGCUUUGGAGGAGCUGGUGGCUUUGGUGGGGCUGGUGGCUUUGGAGGAGCUGGUGGCUUUGGUGGACCUGGUGGUUUUGGUGGACCCGGUGGCUUUGGCCCUGGUGGCUUUGGUCCAGGUGGCUUCCCUGGGGGAAUCCAGGAAGUGACUGUCAACCAGAGCCUCCUGCAGCCCCUCAAUGUGGAGAUUGACCCCCAGAUUGGGCAAGUAAAGGCUCAGGAGCGGGAGCAGAUCAAGACCCUCAACAACAAGUUUGCCUCUUUCAUCGACAAGGUACGGUUCCUGGAGCAACAGAACAAGGUCCUGGAGACCAAGUGGAGCCUGCUCCAGCAGCAGGGCACACAUCCCAUCACAGGCACCAACAACCUCGAGCCCCUUUUUGAGAACUACAUCAACUCCCUGCGGAGCCACCUGGACAGCAUUCUGGGGGAGAGAGGCCGCCUGGACUCAGAGCUGAGGAACAUGCAGGACUUAGUGGAAGACUUCAAGAAGAAAUAUGAGGAUGAGAUCAACAAGCGCACGGCUGCUGAGAAUGAAUUUGUGACCCUGAAGAAAGACGUGGACGCUGCCUACAUGAACAAGGUGGAGCUUCAGGCCAAGGUGGAUGCCUUAACAGAUGAGAUCAAUUUCUUGACGACCCUCUAUGAUAUGGAGCUGUCCCAGAUGCAGAGCCAUGUCAGUGACACAUCCGUGGUCCUGUCCAUGGACAACAACCGCAGCCUGGACCUGGACAGUAUCAUCGCCGAGGUCAAGGCCCAGUACGAGGAGAUCGCCCAGAGGAGCAAGGCCGAGGCCGAGGCCCUGUAUCAGACCAAGUUGGGUGAACUGCAGACCACAGCUGGCAGGCAUGGGGAUGACCUGAAGAGUACCAAGAGUGAGAUCUCAGAGCUCAACCGGAUGAUCCAGAGGCUGCGGGCUGAGAUUGAGAAUGUCAAGAAGCAGAUUGCUAAACUGCAAUCAGCCGUUGCUGAAGCUGAGCAGCGUGGGGAGCUGGCCCUCAAGGAUGCUAACGCCAAGCUCCAAGAGCUACAGGCCGCCCUUCAGCAGGCCAAGGAUGACCUGGCUCGGCUGCUGCGCGACUACCAGGAGCUGAUGAAUGUCAAGCUGGCCCUGGAUGUGGAGAUCGCCACCUACCGCAAGCUAUUGGAGGGCGAGGAGUGCAGGAUGUCUGGAGAGUGCCCAAGUGCUGUUAGCAUCUCCGUGGUCAGCAGCAGCAGCACCACCUCCGCCUCCGCGGGUGGUUUCGGAGGCGGAUACGGCGGUGGCGUUGGCGUGGGAGGCGGCGUCCGCAGCGGCUUCGGCGGCGGCAGCGGCUUCGGCGGCGGUAGCGGCUUCAGUGGCGGCAGCGGCUUCGGCGGCGGUAGCGGCUUCGGCGGCGGCAGCAGCGGCUUCGGCGGCGGCAGCAGCGGCUUCGGCGGCGGCAGCAGCGGCUUCGGCUCUGGCUCCGGGGGUCGCUCUGCGGUCAGCGGUGGAGGCGUCAGCUCAAGCAGCAGCAGCCGGGGCGGCAGCGUCAGGUUCUCCCAGUCCUCCCAGCGCACCUCCAGAUAAAAUACCGCGCAGGGCACCGCAGCCGCCGCAGCGCCGCCCGUCGUUCCCAUCCGCUCGUCAGUUCUCACCUCUGCAGCCUCCUCAGCGCCCUCCCACCCGCCUGCCUCACCCCUCUCCAGUCCCCGCCAGCAGCCGCUUUUUGGGGCUAAAAGACCGGGGCCUCUUGUCCUUCAAGCAUCCAGAUCCCCGAGCAAGAGCAUCCAGGAGAAUUUCAGACUCUCUCUCUGGCUCCCGCCGGAGCCUGUGAUUGUCUAGGUGUGGCCUCAGGCCCCAUCUUCGCUGCCCUUGGGGCCUCCUCCCGGGGUUCAGUGGUCACCACAGUUCUGAUGUAUAUAACACACAGGUCCCUCUGCCCAUCCGUUCUGUCGCCAAUAAAGUGCAUUGUGUUU